ACGGUUUUCCAACACAGUGCCACACUGGUUUACUUCCAGUUUACGGCAUUGUUUGGUACAGUAGAAGUAAAAUGUUCAACAAGAAGCCCAGGAGAAACUUUCGGCAGAGAAAAGCGAGCUCCUCUGAAGAUGAAGAGCAGAGAAAAGACAGCGCGGGAGAAAAUGAAGACGUGAAAGCUUCACUGGUGGUAAACCCGCCGUCUAAAGCAGCGCCGGGUCGCGGGAUCUCAUGCAGCUCGAAGCGGGAAGCAACGCCUCCGAAGGCCGACAGCAGUGACGAAGAGCACCGAGAAGCCCUGGAGCUGACAGAAGAGACGAGGAAUAAUAAAGAUGGGACUAAUUGGAAGACAAACUCCGUCCUGAGUUUCUCUGUCGAAAAAGAAAAUGAAGAGUCAAGUUUUCAGUUGAAGAGGACUUCUGAUAAAGCGGUCCUUUUCCAAGUCAGGAAGAAGGAGGCUUUGCCUGCUAAGAAAAAACCAUUCAACAAAGGUGGUGGAGAUGCCCUGUCAUCGAUUUCCCCCAGGCAUGAUCACUGUGAUGAAGCCUUGCCACAGUCUCCUGAACAUAAUUCCAGCAGUGAAGACAUUAAUAGUGAGGACACUAGCAGUGGAGACAGUAAUAGUGAGGACAGUAACAUUGAUGAUGACGGGACCAAUGGAGGAGGGGUUGGGUCUUCCUCACCAACCUCCGAAUCAGACUCCACCUGCUCUGCUCCCAAACCAAUGGUUUUCCCUAGUGCUAAGGAGAUUAAAGCAGCCAGGAAGCAGCGAUCUGCCAUCCGAGCCCAGAAGGAGUUUAUUUCGCUGCGUCGGGACCACCCGAGCUCAAAUGGCAGCACACCAGAUCACUACAGCAGGGAGGACGAAGAGGAGAGAGUUGACGACGAUGAUGAUAAUGAGCCAGAUGAUCAUGAAAGAAGAAUUGAAUUUGCUCCACGACCGAAGAGCAUCAGGGAGAGGAUUGCAGAGAAGUUAGGUGGAAGUGGUGACAGUUUGGACGGAUCGGAUGAAGAAGACCAGGAACUUUGGGAACAAACACAAAUUGGAAAGGGAUUUAAGAGACAACCAGGGGAGCAGAGUCCGUCUGGCAGUGACUCCAGUAUCAACAUCAGAGGAAGAAAUAAGAAAAGAUCUUCAAAAAACAAAAUCCCAGAGAGUCUUCCUCCCAUUUCUGUCUCAAUGAUCAAGAGAAGGAUUGCUGGAAAGCUGGAUUCCCUGAAGGAGGUGCACAGAGCUCGGCAGGCAGAGCUGAGAAAAAUGGCGGGAGAUGUGGAGAACGCCACAGCCUCUCUGGAGCUGCUGGAGGACGCGUCCUCUGAGAGUCAGCUGAAGUUUUACAGGAACAUGACUCUCUAUAUCCACAACUUGGUGGAGUGUCUCCGGGAAAAGGUUGUUGAGAUCAACGCUUUGGAACUGGAGCUGCACAUGCUGCUGUCUGACCAGAUGGAGGCGCUGUUGGCUCAGACACGAGGGAGGAUUAAGGAGCAGGCUGAGCGCCUGCAGCAGCUCAGCUAUAACACAGAGGAGCAAAGUAGCUCCACUGUUGAAACAAACAGAAAAUGCAUCAAAGAGCCUCAAUCUGAAGAUUUUGAUCUACCUGAAGAUGCCCAACUUUCUCCUGAAGAGGAGGAGCAGUUGCAAGCAAGAAUAGCUGACAUCCAGUCGAGAUCCCAGGACGUGUUUUCCGAUGUUCAGGAUGACUUCUGCUCCGUCAAAAACAUUCUGGCUCGCUUCGAAGAGUGGAGAAGAUCCUACUCCGAGUCCUACCACAAUGCCUACAUCUCCCUGUGCAUACCCAAGCUACUGAACCCCAUCAUUCGCCAUCAGCUGCUGUCAUGGAACCCUUUAAAGGAGUCGAGCUGCGGAGAGUUUGAAAACCUCCCGUGGUUCUCGGCAGUGGAGACAUUUUGCCACGGUCACGGCCACGAAGAACUGGAGCAGAUAGAUCGACAGACACUGACCAGCACUAUAGAGAAGACUGUUCUACCAAAGAUGACAGCUUUUGUGGAGCUGGUGUGGGAUCCCAUGUCCCACCAGCAGUCAGUGAGUCUGUCUGGUGUUUGUCACAGACUCGAGGAGGAUUACUCCAUCUUUAAAGGGGAGCAGAGUAAACCAGUCAAGGGAUUUAUUGAGGCUGUCAUCCAGAGGCUGAGGAACUGUGUGGAUGAAGAUGUCUUUAUACCGCUGUAUCCUAAAAAGUGUUUCGAUGACGGAUCUUCAGCUCAGUGUCACUUCAGGGAUCAGCAGUUCUGGACCGCCGUGAAACUCCUAGGUAACAUGGGCAGGUGGGAUCUCCUGCUUCCUGAUGCUGUUUUAAAGGAACUGAUGCUGGAUAAACUGUUGAACCGAUACCUCAUGAUCACACUUUGCAGUCAGACACUGUCCAACAACACCCCUGCAUGCAAAAAGAUUGCAGAAUCUCUCCCACUUUCAUGGUUUGAAGGAGAAAGCCAUUGUUUGCCUCAGCUGCAGAAUUUCAAAAACCACAUUGUUCAGGACGUCCACAGAAUCUGCAAACAGCAGCCUCCUGGAGAUCCAGACACCAAAUCUGCUGUUGUUGAAGACCUCAAGGUUCUGAGCAGAAUCAGGUGCUACGACUCCAUCAUGGAUUUGGCGGGAAAAUAUCACUGCGAAGAUGCCAUCUAUGCUCACCAGCUUCUCAACCAAGAGUCACAAUAAAGCACAGCAUUUGCAGUGUCACAGCAAAUGUUUUUAAAGCAAACCAAUGAUUUUUCUAUCGUGAACUUAUAUUUUUUUUUUGUAUACAAAAGUUGUUUUUCCAUAAAUAAAUAUUUAAAUUUAA